AUGGGUAUUUGUGCCUCUUGCCUAGGCGGCAACCGUCACGAAUCUCCCGAGCCCGAGUCCUCUCGCCUACUAGAUGAGGAUCCUUACCAGGCUGGAUAUGGCUACGGGGCGCUGAAUCAAGCCCAACAGGCCAAUCAGCCGGAUCCGGAAGUGAGUCGAGUCCUCGAUCUUGAUCCCCAUGAUUUUCUUGUUGUUGUCUUUUCAUUGACCUUCCGUCCCAUUUCGUUCAGCUCUGUCAUCGAUAUCUGGUCCCUCCAACCUCAACCCCAUCUCCAACCGCAUGCAACCCUCCAUGUCCCGCGAUCUACCUCCACAUCACCCACCACAAACGAUGGAAGUACACAUCUCGUUGUGACUUCUGAUCAGGCAUCCACAACCAGUCGCCCGAAUUCCGGUGGUGCGGUACCCAAGCACUGGGGUGAGGUCGUCGUCAACCCGAAUAAGAAGCGCUCCCGCCCCAACAUGAAGAUUGAAAGUGACGCAGGUCGUGAUGUCUUCGGGGUGCUUAAAGUGACAUGA